UUUUUAUCAACAACCAGAUAAUCACAUAUACUUUCUCGAGUGUCUCCAUUCGCUGCACUUCAGCGGAGAAGAAAAUGCAUGCUAAGUGUUACGCCCUUGAACAAAAUUAGGUUAAGUUUUAGAGAAUCGGAUAUAAAUAAGCCGUCGAUGACUAGAUUCCAUAUCAUUCGACGAGAUGACACUCACUCUGAAGCAAGCAACAAUAGUUGCCCUCCUUUUGGGUAUAUGUUGGUCGGAAGAAGUUUGGGCAAAGAAAUCAGCUUUUACAAAUCGUAUCCUUGAAGAACUACGCUCCCAGAUCAGCAAGGAAACGAAUCAAAACUUGGAACUAUCUGCAGUGUCCGAAAGAAAUUUGAACCCGAUGUUAGAAAAAACACUUCACUUGAAGCAAAGAACUGAUGACAAUAAAUCAGAUAAAGAAGAUACUUUUGGCCAGACGAUUCUGAUAAACGGCAAGGAAUAUAAGCCCAAAAUACCCGAUGGUUCAAACCCAAUGAACCUUGAAACAAGAAAUUUACAACAGGAACCUAGACAAGAACAGCGUAUGAUAAAAAGGAAUUUUGAAGUUGACAUCCAGAAAAAACUGUGGGCAAACAACAAAGUUCCAUAUGUGAUUAUUGAGACUUCAUUCGGAAACAAUGUGGCAACUGCAAAGUCUUUAAUUAACGCUGCCAUCCAACAGUUUAAGGAAUCGACGUGCGUGGAAUGGGUACCUCGAACAGACGAAACAUACUAUGUUAAGUUCAUAGGCAAUGAUUAUGGAUGUUAUGCGACUGUUGGAUUCAAGCCGUUUAGCAGGGGGCAGAUAAUCAACUAUGCAGCCGGAUGUCUUGAGAUAGAGUCUGUUUUACACGAGAUGUAUCACACGAUUGGUGGAAACCAUGAGGUACAGAGGUUGGAUAGAUCUAGCUACCUGACGGUGCUUUGGGACAACACCAAACAAUUCCAAUUCAAGCAGUACGUCGUGGAUAAGGUUACACGCGACCGGUUUCCUUAUGACUAUCAUUCAGUCAUGCAAUAUAGAAUGAGUACGUUUCCACGAUACGCAGGACAAAAUACUCUGAAGCUUAAAGAUCCUGAAUUGGAUUACCUGGCAACAAAACCAAAAAUAGGACUUUCGUACAUUGAUAUUGCAGAAAUAAAUGAUGCCUAUCAAUGCACAGAGGGGUGUACAAACAAAUGCCAGCAUGGUGGUUUUCCCAUAAAGCCAGUAGGAGGAACCUGUAAGUGCAAGUGUCCAUCAGGUUUAAAAGGAGACAGCUGUGAAGAAGUUGAUACUAGUAACGGUUGCGGUGGAAUAAUAACACUGGAGACAGGAAAAGAACAAGUUAUCACAAUUCAGGCUUAUCAACAAGGCAGAGAAUGUACCUGGCUUUUUAAGGGAGGCCAAAGAUCUAUCAUCCGGGUGUACGUUACUGCUGUGGAUCUCCCAUACGACUCUACCAAACAAUGUCAACACUGGUUAGAGUUCAGGGACUAUCACAUAGGGACACCAGGGAAAAAACUUUGCGGACGUUCGGAAGAGGGCAUAAAACUAUAUGCAAAAGACGUAGAAGAGGACCCUGCAAUGAUGAUGAUGAGAUUUAACACCAAAACACACGUGUCAUCGACUGAAUUUCACUUCUUCCAAUUAACUGUCACGGCAUAUCCAUCAGGUUGCGUCUCCUCUCCGUGUAAAAAUGGAGCUAGUUGUGCUGAGGGAAUCGGCCAUAUGGCUUACGUAUGUUACUGUAAGAAUGGUUUCACUGGUACUAACUGCGAACGAUUUGAAGAUGACAGCUUUAACUCAUGCGACUUUUCGAGGGACUUCCAUACCUGCCUUGUACACCAGGAUAUCACCAACUCUGAUUUCUUCUGGUUGUUUACUACGUAUAUUUGUCCAGACGCCAACUGUAAUACUGGUAUAUAUACAUCACAGAGUGAGGGGAACCAGUUUCUAACAAUCAACCCGCUAUAUAAUCAAUAUAAACUUUACAAUAAAAAGUCGUAUCUGAUAUCAGACGUCCAGUUCUCAGAGAAGGUCCGCUGCCUGACUUUCGACUACAACAUAGGUGAAAACAGCAAUGGGGACUACCAGACAAUUGUACGAGUUCACAGAGAAGGGCAGGGCAAAGAAGGGAUAACUAGAGAGCAGCUAUGGGAGGUCAACUCAUCAACAAAUUACACGUGGAACAAAGCUAGCAUUGACAUUCAUUCUAUGAGGAAACUCAAGAUUGUAAUAGAAGCUGUUAUGGGCCCACAGGAACUUGGAAUAGACAACAUGAAGCUUCGGCCAGGCUUAUGCCAAGAGAGUGCCUGCAACCCAAAUCCUUGUAAAAAUGGUGGAACAUGUAAAUCUUCGGGUAAUCCAGCAAAAGCAUACACCUGUACUUGUUCGACUGGGUACACGGGUAUCAAUUGCGAAGAAAUAAGUUAUUGUAGUGUGAAUCCGUGUCGAUAUGGCGGGGAAUGCCGUCCUAUUGGAACCGGCAUCAAAGGAGGAUGUGUGUGUAAACAUGGCUACUCGGGGCAAUAUUGUGAAGUCCAAGGUACUCCCUGUAGUUUGACUCCUUGUAAAAAUGGUGGAACCUGCGUCCCAGCAACAUCAGGCGAUGACAUGCCUUACACUUGUAACUGUCUACCAGGGUACAUUGGUGAAAACUGCGAAGUUGUUACUUGCACAUUCGAAACUGACAAGUGGUGUGGUGUAGAAAGUUACGGCCUUAAAUCGGAUCGUAUUACUUGGACCAUACACGAGGGUCCGACCCCUAGUCCAAGCACUGGGCCGAUGAAAGCAGCGGAAGGAAAAAGGUACCUAUACCUCGAGGGAUCUGGUGUUGACGCAGGUGCAUGGUCACAAUUUCAUAUGAUAAGGGAGAAAGAUGUAACAGAGGGGGAUUUCUGUCUGUCGUUUUACUAUUCAAUGGUGGGCACAGAUGUUGGGGAUCUUAAAGUGAUUCUCUUUGACUCAAAUAUCUGGAACUACAGACUCAAACUUACAAGAUCGGGGCCACAAAUAGGCGGAGAAUGGCUCAAGUAUGAAGAAACCGUGACCAUGUACAAGAAUACAUAUGUCCUGUUUUAUGGACAAAAAACAAGUUCUGGAUUCCGUUCGGAUAUCGCCAUUGACAACAUUCAACUCAAACCUGGGCAGUGCUAACCAUAAAUAUAUAUUACAAUGUACUACUUUUACCUGUAAUGAUAAUCCUGUUAUCUAAGUUAUCAUUGUGAAACUCUUGCAUUUAAAAUAAACCAAACUACCGUCUAUAUUAUUAUUUUCAUACGAAAAUCGAUUUCUUCUACAAUGCUAUGAAGAAAAAAAGGUUAACGAUAUCAUAUAGUUACAUAUAGUUUUUCAAUAUGAAUAAACAAUUUACAGACUCAGAAUCAUUUUGUUUGUA